AUGACAAAAAAUAAAUAUGAUUUUGUCAAUGAGAAACCUGUUCAAAAUGGUGAAACGAAACCAGUGAUACUCGAAGAAGACUUGGAAAAAAGUGGAGAUGAGCCAGAGAGGGAGCAAUGGGGGAGAAAAAUUGACUUUAUCCUGUCUUGCGUUGGCUUUGCUGUAGGCCUUGGAAAUGUAUGGAGGUUUCCUUAUCUUUGUUAUAAAAAUGGAGGAGGAGCAUUUCUCAUUCCCUAUGCCAUCUGCCUGAUAUGUGGUGGGGUGCCUGUCUUCUUUCUGGAGAUCUCCCUGGGACAGUUCAUGGCCCAAGGCGGCCUGGGAGUAUGGAAGCUGGUCCCAUUGUUCUAUGGUAUUGGAAUAGCCACCACUGUUAUUGUGUUCUAUCUGAACAUUUACUACAUAGUGAUUCUAGCAUGGGAUGUUUACUACAUGGUGAUGGCCUUUGCUCCAGUCUUACCAUGGUCCCAUUGUAAUAAUCCAUGGAAUACUGACAGAUGUCGUGUGUCAUUCUUAGAUGACCCAGAAUGCAGUGGGCUUAAAGCCUUGAAUGGCACUAACAUUACCGCAGCAUUGAGUUACAGUGAGCCAGAGGGCGCUCUCAAUUCAACAGGCCUUGCAGUAGGAGCAGUUAACAUUAGUGCAAGAUGUCUGAACCACACAUGGCCAGCUAACUUUACACCUGUAGAUCCUGUUGUGGAAUUCUGGGAGAAUCAAAUUCUGCAGAUCUCCCCUGGUGUUGACCAGCCCAAUGGUAUUGUGUGGCAGUUAGCUCUCGCCCUCCUCUUCUGCUGGGUGGGCUGCUAUUUCUGUGUAUGGAAGGGUGUCAAGUGGACUGGGAAGGUUGUGUACUUCACUGCCACGUUCCCAUAUGUGGUGCUAUGCAUACUAUUAGUGCGUGGUGUCACUCUGCCAGGGUCUACUAAUGGUAUCAUCUUCUACCUUAAACCUGAAUGGUCGAGACUUGCGGAUGUACAGGUAUGGAUUGAUGCUGGAACUCAGAUAUUCUUUUCAUACGCCAUUGCCCUAGGUGCCAUGACAGCCCUGGGCAGUUACAACAAGUUCCACAACAACUGUUACAAAGAUGUGAUCAUCAUUUCCGUCAUCAACAGCUUCACCAGUUUGUUUGCUGGCUUCGUCAUCUUCAGUGUGCUUGGCUUCAUGGCGUAUGAACAGGGUGUCAGUGUUGCAGACGUGGCAGAGUCAGGGCCUGGUCUUGCCUUCAUAGCCUACCCUAAAGCAGUGACCCAGAUGCCAUUGGCCCCAGCCUGGGCUGUGCUGUUCUUCCUCAUGAUUGUUAUGCUUGGACUUGACAGUCAGUUUGUUGGCAUGGAAGCGUUUGUUACAGUGGCUGUUGACAUGUUCCCAAAACUUCUACGCAAGAGUCCAAACAGAGAGAUCUUUAUUGCUUUAUACUCGCUAGUCUCUUACCUGAUAGGACUGUCCAUGUGCACAAGGGGUGGCAUGUAUGUAUUCCAAAUGUUUGACUACUACUCUGCUAGUGGUAUAGCACUACUAUGGGUGUGCUUCUUCGAAGCUAUUGCCGUUGCAUGGGUAUUUGGUGUUAAACGUUACUAUGACUGCCUGGAGGUGAUGCUUGGCUUCAGAAUCAACCCCUGGUUCAUGAUCACAUGGUUCGUCCUUACACCGCUGGUCACCAUGAGUAUUUUCAUAUUCAGUUGGGUCGACUUCAAGCCCCUAAAGUACAACAAGACCUAUAUCUACCCAGCCUGGGCCCAAGCCAUAGGGCUUUGUAUGGCCUUCAGCUCAAUGAUCUGUAUCCCUGUCUACGCCAUCUAUGCAAUAGUGACCACUCCAGGCACACUCAAGCAGAGAAUGAUCACCCUGACAACCCCUCGCUGCAGUAUCAUUGUUUUGAGGAGUUCCAAAGAUACUAAUGUGUGAACAUAGAGAGCAUAUCUGAAGCAUUUAUACUGAAGGCCGUGAAUGUGUCACCCAAUUCCUGGGGAGGGAGUUCAUUAGUUGUAACAGUGAACCUAUCCCUCUGGGAGUUAAUACAGCUGAAACUGAUGUAAAUAAUACCUGUGAAUAGACUUUUUUUUAUAAAUGAAGAACAACCAAGAAUUAACUGUACAGGCAUUGAGUAGAGACUCUUUUUGAGUUAAAACAAUCUACAAGAGUUUGCAUUUGAUGAGCUUACAAAGUGGCUCUGUGAUUAGUGGUAAAUGUAUUCAAUGAAGUAGGGAUCGAACCAGCUAUGACUG